ACACAGCUUUCCUUGUGGCUCAGCACUGAGGGAGGGCAGCAGGAGACUGGAGAUCCCAUUCCUCACUUGGUCAUUCUCAGUCCACGAUGGUGCGGUCCCCAGUACUCCUUGGUGCCAUCUUCUUGUCUGUUUUCCCAGGGCCCAGCGGGGCUGAUCGUGACAUGCCCAAGCUGGCUGAGUGGAAGCUGUGUGCGGAUGAGGAAUGCAGCCAUCCUAUCUCCAUGGCUGUGGCCCUUCAGGACUACAUGGCCCCUGAUUGCCGCUUCUUGAAUGUAUACAGGGGCCAAGUGGUAUAUGUCUUCUCCAAGCUGAAGGGCCGUGGACGGCUCUUCUGGGGAGGCAGUGUCCAGGGAGAUUACUAUGGAGACGCGGCUGCCCGCCUGGGCUAUUUCCCCAGUAGCAUUGUUCGGGAGGACCUGAUUCUGAAACCUGCCAAAAUUGAUAUGAAGACAGAUGUGAGUGUCUUGGGGUGGAGGUGGGAGCGGGAGGGUGAGGGCUCCUUCAUUUUCUCACCUAAAUGGGAUUUCUACUGCCAGUGA